GUCACGUCGGGGGUGGGGCGGGAUUACCGAGGGGCGGGGCGGAGUCCUUUAGACGGACGCUCCACCUGUGGAAGAGUGGACUAGACUCUCAGGCGGUCCGAGAGGCCGUGCUGGAGUAUGUGCGGGCGAACGUCCUGUCACCUGCCUAGAGACGCUCUCACCAGGGCCUGCGCCUAUGACGAUCGGCAGGGCCGGCGUCGCCUCCCGCAGUGGAGGGACCCUGACAAGUACUGCCCCUCCUACAACAAGAGCCCGCAGUCCAGCAGCCCGGUGCUCCUCUCCAGGCUGCACUUGGAGAAGGAUGCAGACUCAUCAGAUCGGAUAAUUAUUCCCAUGCGAUGGGGCUUAGUCCCAUCUUGGUUCAAAGAAAGUGAUCCUUCCAAGCUGCAGUUCAACACUACCAACUGUCGUAGUGAUACCAUAAUGGAGAAGCAGUCAUUCAAGGUUCCUCUGGGGAAAGGACGACGGUGUGUUGUUUUAGCAGAUGGAUUCUACGAGUGGCAGCGGUGUCAGGGAACAAACCAGAGGCAACCAUACUUCAUCUAUUUUCCUCAAAUCAAGACAGAGAAGUCGUGUGGGAACAAUGCUUCAGACAGCCCUGACAACAAGGAAAAGGUCUGGGACAACUGGAGGCUGCUGACAAUGGCAGGGAUCUUUGACUGCUGGGAACCACCAGGGGGAGAGCGCCUGUAUUCCUACAGCAUCAUCACAGUGGAUUCCUGCAGAGGUUUGAGUGACAUCCACAACAGGAUGCCUGCCAUACUAGAUGGAGAAGAAGCAGUCUCCAAAUGGCUUGACUUUGGUGAGGUCCCCACUCAGGAAGCUCUGAAGCUAAUCCACCCCAUAGAUAAUAUCACCUUCCAUCCAGUUUCUUCGGUGGUGAACAAUUCCAGAAACAACACUCCUGAGUGUCUGGCUCCUGCUGACUUGUUGGUUAAGAAGGAGCCCAAGGCAAGUGGCAGCAGUCAAAGAAUGAUGCAAUGGCUGGCUACAAAAUCACCCAAAAAG